AUGAUUUAUUCAUGCUUCGACUCAUUCAUUCAUUUAUUCAAUCAUUUAUUUAUUUCAGAACACGAUGUCGAAGAGUUACGAGGAGUUAUAAUUGCAGUGACCUGUAUCUUCAGUAUUGUGGCUGUUGGUUUUAUUUCACUUGUAAUUUAUAAGAAAAGACAGAGUUUUAAAGACAUUAUUAUCACCAAAUCUACAGUUGCUAAAAGUAACAGUUAUAAAUCUAACGUAGGAGCAGGUAAAUCGGACUACUCCAACCAGCUCAUGGUGAUAAGCGAUGAAUGGGAACUGGAUCCUCGACAGCUAAAAUUCUGUGCAACCAUUGGGCAGGGAGCGUUUGGAAAAGUUGUUACUGGAUAUUAUAAUGACAAAAAGGUCGCCAUUAAACUUGUGAAAGAAGGUGCCCCAUUGUCUUACAAGGAAGAUUUAGUAGCCGAAAUCAGCUUAAUGAAGAGAAUUGGACAUCAUCCAAACAUUGUGUCUAUGAUAGGAGCAUGUACAAUUUCUGAACCCGUGGCGUUAAUUAUGGAAUUUAUUCCCCAUGGUAAUUUACAGACUUUCUUAAAAAAAUGUCGAAUGGAAGGUGAUUUCAGAAAGAGAACAGACGGUCAAAGCGAGAUUAUUUAUUCUCUGGUUCAAGAUUCUGGUGGAAUUGACAAUGGUGUCAUCGUACCGUCUGAUAUGCUCAGUUUCGCCAGACAAAUUGCCAUGGCAAUGGAAUACAUGGCCGAGAAGAAAUACGUCCACCGAGAUUUAGCAGCCCGAAAUGUCUUACUUCAUCAUAACAAGAUUGUGAAAGUUUGUGAUUUCGGACUAUCACGUGAUAUAUACAAUGAUAAUGAAUACAAGAAAUUAACCAAUGGAAAGCUACCAUUAAAAUGGAUGGCCAUUGAAUCCUUACGGGACAGAAUUUUCACCACUCAAACAGAUGUUUGGUCGUUUGGUAUAUUACUCUGGGAGAUUGUCACCAUGGGUGCCUCGCCAUACCCUAAUAUAGCACUAGCUGACCUAUAUUAUAUUCUAUCUAAUGGAUACAGAAUGGAGAAACCCAGUAAUUGCUCAGAAGAAUUAUAUAGAAUUUUGCGACAGUGCUGGGAAGACAAUCCUGCAGACCGUCCAACAUUUACAACAAUACGUCUCAUGUUAGAGGAACUACUGGAACAAGAUUGUGAUUAUCUUCUCUUAGAUAAUAUCGAUGUACCUUUAAAUAUGUCUGAAAACAGUAGCAACCCCAUAGACUCUAUUCAACAAGACGGGGGCGCAACGGGUUCAACGUGUGCAACAGGAUCGAGCAGUCCGGCCCCUGCCCCACCUCGACCGUUGUAUACAGGCCGUAGAGACAAAAACUUGAAAGUGAACGUUUGCGUGCAUGAUCAAUCCACAGAGAGACUUAUCUACAGACCUUCAGAGUCCGAUUCGACGACGUCUAGUCCGUGA